UUCUGGAGAAACUGAUGUUUCGUCAUUGUGCAUCAAAUACGGUGAAUUUUUGUUGUCGAAAAUGACAGUUUGUUUGCGAUUGCAUAACAAUCAUCAUCAUCGUACCCCCUGCGUAUUGUCAUCAGUACUGGAUCACUGUAAUAGCAAGCAGAUGUUUGCAAUCACACGGGAUGCUGUUGAGGAACUGCUACAGGCAGUAGACCGAGGAACUCAAGAAUGGCUAAUUUUGACACUUAGAGCUUUGCUGAGCUUCGUAACAGCAGUUGGCAAAUGGUACCAUGAUGUAGUGCCUGAAGAAAUCGAAUUUGAUGAAAACGAACCCGACAAGAAACCACCAAAACCAGCAUUUGUUGAAGUUCUUAAUCACAUCCUAAAACGAACAAAGCAUUUGCUUUUUUCACCACAUAUCCCUGUACUAUUAGUGGCACUCAAUAUUGUGGAUGUAGCUUUGGCAGAUUUGCGCAAUUUCCCGGAUGAUCAUUUGCCAAUGAUUCAUCAGAAUUGGCCAGCCAUUUUGAAUAUAAUGCAGAACAAAAAUUUGAAUGCGCGAGUAUCGGCAUUUCAGGUUUGCAGUGUUUUUUUCUGCAUUUUUUUUGUGAGCCAUUUAAAAAAAUUUUUUUUUCAAGGUCAUGAAAGGUCGGAAAUUUUUAAAAUCCAUGAUUUCCUUGAGAUUAUUCGAAAUGCUGAUUUAAUGUAAAA